AGACUUGGUCAUUCAUCUGUUGCAGCUGUUCACCCAGACACGGGAACUCACCAGACGGCGAAAUGAUAAGGGCCGUCUUAAUUAACUGUUCAUGCUUACUAUACAGACCCGGUCUCGCCCAUUCGCCGCCCAUGCGAACGUCCUUGGGACUCCACGCCAGCAGGGAUUAUUAUUCAUUUUCGCCAUACUGGUGACACAAGACCGAUGCGGACAAGAGGAAACCUUUCUGUCGGGAUGGGCUUUACUCUUUUGUGCAGUAGUCGCGGAGCAUAGUUGCGUUGCGGUAUUUCCUGAUGUUGGCUAUACCCAGAGCAGUAUAUUUUCCUUGACUUCGUGCAUACAAUACUUGUACACAGACAUACAAAAGACCCAGGAGCGUGGAUUAACCUGCAAGAGACCAAAAACUGAAUCCCAUCCGUCCGUCUGCCGUCGUCAUGUCCUGUCAUGGUGGUAUUGGAGGCGAGACAAAGGGCGCAUUACGUCUUGUUACAAUCUCGUCUCAUGAUUGAUUACAUAGUGGCCUUGGGUAUUCAUACUUACUCCGUACAUGCUUACAUACUUACU